AAACUACUUGCAGUCUCCUUUUCAGUGAACACAAAUCGCGACACCAAUGGCGGCUACAGAGGAAGAGAUGCCGACGACGACGAAGGAAGGCGCCAACCUACUGGGGAAGCCAAAGUAUAAGAAACUGGAGAACGGGAGAUUCAGAUGCGUGCAAACGGGUCACGAGCUACUCGAGAAAGACAAGAAGGUCUAUUCAGAGAGCAAACGGUGCCGUUUAGGGCUUAUCGACCACGCCUUGUCCCACAGCAAGCCUCCUCUUAACUUGUUUGAGCAAGACCCUAGCUCUCGUUCAAAGCUGCUGUGUAAGCUUACGGGUGACACGGUGAACAAGACUGAGGAGCAUAUUUGGAAGCAUAUCAAUGGACGCCGCUUCCUUAACAAACUAGAGGAGAAGGAACGAGAGAAAGAGUCUGGAAUUAUUCCACAGGAAGGUGGAGAAACUGUGGCGAAAGAGGAUGGCGUAAAGGAAGGAAAGAUGAAGAACAAAAAGAAGAAGAAGAAGGAUAAGAAAAAAAAGAAGAACAAGGAGUUAGAUAAAAAGGAAGAGAGUGGAGAGGAUGUUACUGAUGGAGCUGAACAUGGAAAUGAUGAAGAUGUCGUGGAGAGAGAGCUUGACUUUUGGAUGCCGCCAGAUGGAGAGAGGUGGGACUUUGAUGAUGGUGGAGACCGGUGGGGAUCAGAUUCGGACUCGGAAGAUGAUCCAAUAGGUGGGAUUGAUGAAGAUGGAAAGACCAGUUUGGAUGACUGCAUAAUUGGUGAAGUUGAAGAAGAUGGCGAAAAUAGUGUGGAUGAGACUCUUGAAAGUAAAAAGAGGAAACCUGAAGAAGUCAGUUCCAGUAACCUUCCUUCGAAGAAGAGCAAGAAUAAGAAGAACAAGAAGGUCAAAACAACAGUGUCAUAAGUCUUUUCUGUUCUCUCUCUUUCUCUCUAUUGUUGUUCCUUUUUGUGUGUAUUACUCUGUUCUUCAAUUCAUGGGAUCAGUUUUGAUAAUAUUUUAUUUAAUGGCUGUUAUAGAAAACAGGUUAAUA